CCCUGAGCUCUGACCAGUCAAACACAUUCUCCUUCCUUAUAUGGCAGCCCAUCUCCAUGGUAACGUGUGCUAAGUUGCAGCAGUCGUGUCAAAGUUCACUAUAUAGAGAGCUCAGUGAGCUGAUCAGAGAGAAAGCAUUCAGCCAGCCCGGCUCCUACCAAUCGCAAAUCACUUCCUAACCUCCGCCUUUUUAACAUAUUUGAUUACUUUGAAUCUCUGCUCCUCUCUGCCUAUUAUUUUUCACUCAAUACGGAGGAGGUUUGGUAGGUUGUGAUCUUUGUUUUAUUUUUUAAAAUUCUGCUUUUGUGCUUUCGCUUUUUGGAGGAGAGAUAGUUGUGUGUCUUCAUAUUCCGAGCUCUGAGAGCAUUGGCGUCAGCUGCGCGCGUUACUGGCACCAAAAAAGAAAAAAGGGAGAAGACGCGAUUUUUUUUUUCCUCCUCCAACCCGGUUGGUGAUUUUCUUCAAGACUUGUGCUGGAACUUGAUAGUAGCUGCUACACUGUGCUCUCAGCAGUUGUUUUAUGCUGCUGCUGUUGCUGCUGCUGCUGCUGCAGGCGCGGUCUCACACCAACCUGCUCCAUUAUAAUUAUUAUCCACUGACAGUCCAUGCUACCUCUGUUGAUUAUUCCAAUAUUGAAGCCACCUUUUCCCAUUGAUGGCUGUACUGGAUGGCUGACUGUAAGCGCCACUGGACUUGGCCUUUAAGCGCAAGGCAGCGACUCAGCUCGCCAUCGCAUCAGUUUUGAAACCCGGUGCUUCGCAGCGUCUCCCACAGCAAUAACUCACCAGUUUUCUGGAGUGGAUUCAGCGUGUAGCCUCUAGAUUUGACAUUUUCUCUGACUGGCUGAUCACAGUUUACCGCGUUUUCUUCCUUCAGACGUUGUUCACCGCGACACCAAAACGGCAGACAAAAAGUUUCUUUACGUUGACUGAUAGAUAUGGCAAUGGUAGUGUGGAGAGGCUCCCAGGACGAUGUGGCUGACACCCAAGGCGCCCUUUCCUCGCAGACCCAAGGAGGACUAUCUCUCCCCACGCCUCAAGCAGGCCAGUUGAACCUGACAUCCUCCCAGGUGGCCCCUCCGACCCCUCACACACCGGUCCAAGGAGCCCCGAACAACACGCAGUCCACGCCGACGAACCAGGGCACGCAGCAGUCGGAGAAGCAGCCGGCGCAGAUCGAGUGCGUGGUGUGCGGGGACAAAUCCAGUGGCAAACACUACGGCCAGUUCACAUGCGAGGGCUGCAAAAGCUUCUUCAAGCGGAGCGUAAGACGGAACCUCACUUACACAUGCCGUGCCAACAGGAAUUGUCCAAUCGACCAACACCACCGCAAUCAGUGUCAGUACUGCCGCCUCAAGAAAUGCCUUAAAGUCGGCAUGAGACGGGAAGUUUCUCUUUUUACUGCAGCCGUGCAAAGGGGACGGGUGCCACCCACGCAGCCACACCACGGUCAGUUCGCCUUGACAAAUGGAGACCCACUCCACUGCCAUUCCUACUUAUCCGGAUAUAUCUCUCUUCUGUUGAGAGCGGAGCCCUACCCGACGUCCCGCUAUGGCAGUCAGUGCAUGCAGCCCAACAACAUCAUGGGUAUCGAGAACAUUUGUGAACUCGCAGCCAGGAUGCUCUUCAGUGCAGUGGAGUGGGCCAGGAAUAUUCCCUUCUUCCCAGACCUCCAGAUCACAGACCAGGUGGCUCUGCUGAGGUUGACGUGGAGUGAGUUAUUUGUGCUGAACGCCGCGCAGUGCUCCAUGCCCCUGCAUGUGGCUCCUCUCCUGGCGGCGGCUGGCCUUCACGCCUCCCCCAUGUCCGCGGACAGAGUUGUGGCCUUUAUGGACCACAUUAGGAUCUUCCAAGAACAAGUGGAAAAGCUCAAAGCUUUGCACGUUGACUCUGCUGAAUAUAGCUGCUUAAAGGCAAUUGUGCUUUUCACCACAGAUGCUUGUGGCCUCUCAGAUGUGGCCCAUGUGGAAAGUUUGCAGGAGAAGUCCCAGUGCGCCCUGGAGGAAUAUGUCCGGAGCCAGUAUCCAAACCAGCCAACACGGUUUGGGAAGUUACUACUCCGCUUGCCUUCCCUUCGCACAGUCUCUUCCUCGGUCAUAGAACAGUUAUUUUUCGUCCGAUUGGUAGGUAAAACCCCAAUUGAAACUCUCAUCAGGGAUAUGUUGCUUUCGGGGAGCAGUUUUAACUGGCCUUACAUGCCAAUUCAGUAAACCAAGAAGGACACGAACAAACAAAAGGUGGGGCUGAAGGGGGGGCGGUGUGUGGGGGGGGGGGAGCUGUGGGACUACAAUGAUUUUAGCUGCUUUUGUGGAAGGAAUAAAAAAGAAAAAAAAAGGCUGUUACACGGGGCUGGCUUUCAUGAAGAAAGACAUUGACGUAAAUGACGGUGAAUCCACCCUAACCACCCGCCCCCCCCGCCCCCCCGUCACCACCCACCCACUCAAAAAAUGAGACAUACAUCUAUACUGAACUUUCAAAAUGGCAGAUACAAGCUCCCUGUGUUCAUGAAGAACAACCUGUGUCGAUUCAUUUUCUUUAAAGGAAGAAGAAAAUAAGGGGAUGGGGGGAAGAGGGUGUUUGGUUUUUGAUCCUUAUGAGGAAAAUUUUAAGUAUUAAGUGCAUUUAAAAUGAUAAUUUGCGUAAAGGGAGAAAAAAAACUGGAGAAAGGGAAAACACAAAAAGCGUGAAUUUCCUUCUCUCAAAAUGACUUGUCCUGUGUCCAUGUAUAGCUGUGUUUUUGUUUUUUUUAUUACUUUUGUUUUUAUUCCUCCUUUCUGGUUCCAAACCGGCCUUUGUGAUUUCUGUAGUACAGUUGGUGUUAUUUUCUAAGACAACUAUUAUUUUUAUUAUUUUUAAAUGGUGAAAUAACAGUGGAAAUAUAAAUGGAAGACACGAAAAAAGUUCUACAAAGAAUUAAAACCACAGCAAUAGGAGUGUAGGCUUAUAAUCUAUAGGCUCAAUGCUGCAAGCGCACUUAUAUUCUUUUAGGAUGACCAAUACCAUCAAUCUGGGGGGAAUGGGUUUUUGUGAAGGGGGGG